GAAUUAAGAUCUUAUUCUGGAAAGCAGUUUCCUUAAUCGACUCAUUGCAAAGUAAAAGUUCGAACAAAUCGUUACUAUCUGCUUGCAUUCUUGGACAAUUUCUAUUCAGGUGAUAUGACGGGAAACAUACCUGAGAUCCAAAGUAGAUGUGUAGAGAAUGAUACUUGUCUUGCUGACAAUGCAAAUGCUUCUGCUGGUUCUCCUAAAACUUCUCCAGAAGUAUUUCCAUCUGCUAUUGAAUUCUAUGUCUGGUCUGAUGAGGGGAUUAAUCUGUUCGUGGAUUUAGAUUCUAGCCCUUUGGACUGGACCGAAAGAUUAAAAAAUGAGGUUUACAUCUGUGAGAGCAUCUACAGAGACAAAUGUCUGCAACAGAAUCUCUGUUGGUUUAAAGGUCAUAAAGAAUUUGCCGAGUGUUUUCAGUGGAACAAUCAUCCUGGCCUAUUGAAGGAUGACUAUUUACAGAAAGAGGCUCCAUCCAGUUCGAACCUGAUGACAGAUAACUGCAUGGUGAUUGACCAACUAGAUGAAGCUAAUGGAUCUGUAAUCUUCUCUGCAAUUACGUCUCGUGCCAUUAAUGCAGAUGCAUCUGAGCGUAUAGAUGAAGAUCAGACAAUCAUUUCUUCUGAAACUGAUUUUGAUGUGCAGAACCAGAAACUUGCUGGGUCUGAAAUUUGUACCGAAGAGGAUAAUCGUGAAAUGAAUCUUGAUAAUGAUAUGAACAAUGCUUUACGAAAAACAGAUAUUUCUGAUCCAGUUUCUGGUGGUCCAUCUAGUCUUUCCACAUCAGACCAUCAAAAUCUUAUACUUGAAACUGAUAUUUGCGAAACUUCAACACUACAGAAUAGCUGCCGUAUUUUAAAUCUCUCUGUGGAUAACCCAGGAAGCUUAGCCGCUGGUCCUAUGGACAUGGAAUCAUCAGAUAUUGAACAAUGCCCUACAGACGUUUCUGAUUACAGCUUGCAAACAAGUGCAGAGAAGUUGGAGAGGAACAACUUAAGUGCUACAAUGGAGAUUUCAGAACACUCUCAAUUUCCUGAAUCUUUGGAGAAGCCGUUGCCUGUAUCUCAUAUUCUCGAGCCUAAUGGAGCACAUAAGAGGAAGAAACUCACUAAAAAUGAAACAAGACGUUGUUAUAGUGAACCAGAUAGAAGAGUUUUAAGAAGUGUAACUAAAAAACGGGGGCUGCCUAGAAGAUCCAGGCGGCUCAUUUUAAAGACUGUGAGUUCGUAAAGUGCAUUGGGACAUGAUGGAACAUGGAAGGAUCGGUUUCUUCACAUCUACAGUGGUCUAAGGAAGAAUCACAUUAAUAAUGUAGGUGUCCAGAUUCGAAAUUCUUAGAAUUGUGGAUUGUCUUUGCUGUUGUCAUGGGAUUGUUUCCAUCCGAAGAAAAUGCUUUCAAGCGUCGAUGAUCGAAGAUCGCACAGAUUUCAAAGGUUAACUUUCGUGUUUAUGCAUUUUCAAAAUCGAAUCGGUCAAUUUUAGGGCCUGUUUGGAAUGCUUUUUCAAGUAGUUAAAAAAUGAUCUUUUCAAAAUGAACAUAGUACGAUGGUAAUUGACGUGUACUACUUCUCUUAACUUAAAGUCUCCGUACUCCACUUGUUAUAAGUGUUUCACUAUAAAUAGAUAUGUGACUCUUGAUAACAUUCCGUGAGAUAUGGUUUUUCCCUCAGGAAACGUGUCUUGUUUUAACCUAAAUAGAUAGAUCCCUAUCGCCCCUUAGGAGACGUGUCUUGUUUUUCCCUCACCCCAUUAAAUACAAACCUAGGUUUGCGAUCUUUGAUGAUACUUCCAACUGCCCCUAACAAGAUUGACAUUUUGUGUCCCUAAGAUUGUAACUUGUUGCAGGUUGCGUUGAAUCAAACAUCUUUUCCCUGGGAAAGAACAAGCUUGUAUGCAGGUUUCUUCUUUAGUUGGAUGGCAAGAACUCUUUAUCAUGUUAUGUAAUUCUUUAGUGACACAUUUCUGAGAUCAUUAUAUGAUGAUACUCACUUUAAUAAAAAUGAGUUUCAGAA